UAUCAUGGCCAAACGUGAUAAACAUUUGAGAUGUUCUCCAGAGUUUUCUUUGAAAAAUGGAAAUUUGAAUACUCAAAUUACAUUGCGUACCUACUUAAUUAAUUGUAAUUUGUAUCGUAUUAACUGUAAGACGAAAUCAUGGUCCAUCGUUGUAUAUUGUGUUGUAGUGCAUCAAAUACACACAAAGACGUCAGUUUCCAUCAGUUUCCAAAGAAUGAAACUAGACGAUCAAUUUGGAUUGACUCUUUAAGUAUAAAAGAAGUUGUUAAAGACUGGCAUCGAAUUUGUAGUGUACACUUUUCUCCAGAACAUUUUACUUUUAAAAAUGAACGAAAGAUUUUAAAAAUAGGCGCUAUUCCAAAAAUGAAAGAAGAUAAAGAUGAAGUCGGAAAUUGUGAAACUUCCUUAGAACAUGACGUGAAUUUAAUGAGUAACAGUUUAGUUGAAGUUGAUUGUUGUCCUGAUAUUGACUUUUCAAAUGAAUCUCCACCAAGUACAAGUAAAAGGUUACAGAAAUUAAUUUUAAAAAAAAAAAAGAAAACUAAUCAAAAGAUUCAACUUAUAUGUAAUUUGGAAAGUGAAAAUGAUGUGGUUCAUAUACAAGAAGCUAGUAAUAUAAAUGAGUGUACUGAAAUGCUUUCGGAUUUUAAUGAACCACCCAAUAUAAAUCAUAAUUAUUCGGCCGCCACAUCAGAUAUAGAAUGUGUUAAUAAUUUGUUGAAAAGUCCAUCAAAAAACACCAAGAAAAAGAAGAAAAAAUCUAAGGUUAUAAAUAGUAAAGAAGCAAUGUCACCGAAAAAAUCAAAUAAAUGUAAACAACAGACGUCGAAUAAAGAAUACAAAAAAACUGAUACAUCUCAAUCCGUGGACACGGAAAUGGAGACAUAUGUUAGUAAUAAUUAUAUUGGUGAAGACAGCGGUAAGAAAUCAGAAUUUUUUGAUUCUCUGGAUGAGCACACUUCGGAAUAUCGUACCAUGGCCGACACAAGUAUCUAUUUAAGCCAAUAUUGUAAUCAAACGUCUAACAAUGCCUACGGUGACAAAAAUGAUCUCACUGCAAACACUUCUCUCCAGUGCGACUUUUGCUUCAAAACGUUUGCGUACAGAUCUAAUUUGCUUGUACAUAGAAGAACGCACACCGGUGAGAAACCAUAUGGGUGUGACGUUUGCGGAUUAGCAUUUAUGAUGCAAAGUCAUUUAGUUAGACAUCAAAGAACGCACACCGGGGAGAAACCAUAUGCAUGCGAUGUUUGUGGAAAAUCAUUUCCGGUAGAAUCAUCUUUGGUUAACCAUAAAAGGACACAUACCGGUGAGAAACCGUAUGAGUGCGAUGUUUGUGGACAAUCAUUUUCGGAAAGAGGAAAUUUGGUUAGACACAAAAGAACUCAUCCAAUGUCUAACAAUUCUUCUCUCCAGUGUGACUUUACCGUCACCGGUGAGAAACCAUAUGAGUGCGACGUCUGUGGAUUAGCAUUUAAUAUACUAAGUGAUUUAGUUAGACAUCAAAGAAAGCACACCGGAGAGAAACCAUUCGCGUGCGAUGUUUGUGGAAAAUCAUUUUCGCUGCAACAUCAUUUGGUUACACAUAAUAGAACACACACCGGGGAGAAACCAUAUGCGUGCGAUGUUUGUGGAAAAUCAUUUACGCAGAAAAAUCAUUUGGUUGCACAUAAUAGAACGCACACCGGGGAUAAACCAUACGAGUGCGCUGUUUGUAGCCGAUCAUUUACGGAAAAAAAACAUUUGGUUACACAUACUAGAACGCACACCGGGGAGAAACCAUAUGCGUGCGAAGUUUGUGGAAAAUCAUUUUCCCAGCAACACAAUUUGGUUACACAUAAUAGAACGCACACCGGGGAGAAACCAUAUGCGUGCGACGUUUGUGGCCGAUCAUUUUCUGAAAAAGGAAGUUUAGUUAAACAUAAUAGAACGCACACAGGCGAACGACCAUACGAGUGCGGUCAGUGUAAGAAAAAGUUCUCAACAAGCCGUGACUGUAAAAGACAUACACUAGGUGUUCAUAGAAAAUGGUUUCCAAAGAAUGAAACUAGACGAUCAAUUUGGAUUGACUCUUUAAGUAUAAAAGAAGUUGUUAAAGACUGGCAUCGAAUUUGUAGUGUACACUUUUCUCCAGAACAUUUUACUUUUAAAAAUGAACGAAAGAUUUUAAAAAUAGGCGCUAUUCCAAAAAUGAAAGAAGAUAAAGAUGAAGUCGGAAAUUGUGAAACUUCCUUAGAACAUGACGUGAAUUUAAUGAGUAACAGUUUAGUUGAAGUUGAUUGUUGUCCUGAUAUUGACUUUUCAAAUGAAUCUCCACCAAGUACAAGUAAAAGGUUAAAAAGUCCAUCAAAAAACACCAAGAAAAAGAAGAAAAAAUCUAAGGUAGUAAAUUGUAAAGAAGUAAUGUCACCGAAAAAAUCAAAUAAAUGUAAACGACAGACAUCGGAUAAAGAAUACUCAAAAAGCGAUAUCCCUCAAUCAGUGGACUCGAAAGUGGAGACAUAUGUUAGUAUUAAUUAUAUUGGCGAAGAUGGCGAUAAGAAAUUAGAAAUUUUUGAUCCUCUGGAAGAUCACACUUCAGAAUAUCGCACCAUGACCGACACAGGUAUGAAUUUAGGCCAAUACUGUAAUCAAACAGUUAACAAUGCCUACAGUAAUAAAAAUGUUCUCGCUGGAAACAAUCCUCUCCAGUGCGACUUUUGCUUCAAAACGUUUGCGUACAGAUCUAAUUUGCUUGUACAUAGAAGAACGCACACCGGUGAGAAACCAUAUGGGUGCGACGUUUGUGGACUAGCAUUUAUGAUGCAAAGUCAUUUAGUUAGACAUCAAAGAACGCACACCGGGGAUAAACCAUAUGCAUGCGAUGUUUGUGGAAAAUCAUUUUCGGAAGAAGGAACUUUAGUUAAACAUAAAAGAACGCACAUCGGUGAGAAACCAUAUGAGUGCGAUGUCUGUGGCCGAUCAUUUUUGGAAAGACAUAAAUUGGUUAGACAUAAAAGAACGCAUCCAACGUCUAACAAUGCCUACAGUGACGAAAAUGUUCACACUGGAAACACUUCUUUCCAGUGCGACUUAACCGUCACAGGUGAGAAAACAUACGAGUGCGAUGUUUGUGGACUAGCAUUUCACCAGCUAUGUCAUUUAUAUAGGCAUCAAAGAAAGCAUACCGGGGAGAAACCAUAUGCGUGUGAUGUUUGUGGAAAAUCAUUUUCGCAGCAACAUCAUUUGGUUUCACAUAACAGAACGCACACUGGGGAGAAACCUUAUGAGUGCGCCGUUUGUAGCCGAUCAUUUUCGGAAAAAAAAUAUUUGGUUACACAUAUUGUUAGAACACACACCGGGGAUAAACCAUAUGAAUGCGAUGUUUGUGGACUAGCAUUUAACAUGCAAUGUAAUUUAGUUAGACAUACUAGAAAGCAUACUGGAGAGAAACCAUAUGCGUGCAAAGUUUGUGGAAAAUCAUUUUCCCAGCAACACAAUUUGGUUACACAUAAUAGAACGCACACCGGGGAGAAACCAUAUGCGUGCGACGUUUGUGGCCGAUCAUUUUCUGAAAAAGGAAGUUUAGUUAAACAUAAUAGAACGCACACAGGCGAACGACCAUACGAGUGCGGUCAGUGUAAGAAAAAGUUCUCAACAAGCCGUGACUGUAAAAGACAUACACUAGGUGUUCAUAGAAAAUGAUUUUAAAUUUAAUAUUAUUAUUGUUGUAUGACCCAUUACUCAAGAAAAAUAAACUAUAAACAUCAAACUAUUUGAAAAUGUCCAAAAAUCGCGGCAAGGGUCUAGAAUUCUGAAAAUGCUAUCACUACAUCGUAAAUGUUUGAAUACCUCUGCUCGGGCAUAAGCAAAUACCUUUGUGAAUAUAACCUUGAAGACUGCUGUGUAGUAGCUUCAUAUCUCAUUGUCUGGCAUCAUACUGUCGUCAAUCGUACUCAAAAUUGCUCGCACCGCAAAAUCUUCACAUUUGUGGUAAGGGCGACGCUUGUACCAACACGAGUACAUCAGCUUAUAUAAAUUCUUUAUACACCAAAGAAGAUAGUACGUUUGUCAGAACAUUUCAAAAAGCUAUACGGAUGUUUUUAAUUUGUUACAAACGUAAAUAAAAUCAUCAAUCACCAAAA